AAAUCUAAACCCUAACCAUGACGGAUCAAUUUCUCAUCAGCAAAUUUCGGUGGCGGCCUCUCGCUGGCGCCAAAAAAACCGUGACCGCAGCAUUUUACCAGCUUCAACAUUACCAUGCCACCGCUACAACCAUUAAUACCGACGGAGGAAACACUAACGAGGAAAAAAAGACCAACCAAUGGCUCACUCUACCGGCGUUCACUCCCACCGUCGAUGGUUCAUCCAUCGCAAAAUUACUCUCCGGCCGGACACCGGACACGAAAGCCAGAACUAUUACCAAUAACAUGACGGCGCUUAAAUGGAUCCUUAAGUGCUGCCCUCAACUCCCCAGGUCCCUUGUUCACAAGCUCUUUAGACUAAGACAGGUUCGAAAAGAAUACUUAGCUGAAGAAACUAAGUCAUGUCAACUCAAAAGGGUAGGAGCCAAGGAUCUGAUGGACAUUGGUGAUAUAAUAUUCCUUCCAACAACAAUUGAUGUAAAGUCUCGCUCAACAAAACAUGAGAAUGAGAACCUUUGUAAUGAAGGAAUGAAGUUUAUCCGUGGCCUUGAAUUAUUUAAGGAUUCAGCAAUAAUUGUGAUCAAUAAACCACCUGGAAUGCCUGUACAGGGUGGCAUUGGGAUAAAGAGAAGUUUAGACGAAUUGGCUGCCAAGUAUUUGCUAUAUGACUAUACGGAGUCUCCUCGCCUGGUUCACAGACUUGAUAGAGACAGCAGUGGCAUAUUAGUGAUGGGAAGGACACUAUUAAGUGCUACCAUUCUGCAUUCAAUCUUCCGAGAGAAAACUUUUGGAGCAUCGGAUGAUGUUCUUGAGAGUAAAAGAUCCUUGCAAAAGCGCUAUUGGGCACUUGUUAUUGGAUCUCCUAGACGUGCUGGAGGAUUAAUCUCAGUACCAUUAGGAAAGGUGGUGAUUGACGAUGGAAAGUCUGAGAAGAUUACUGUAGUCGACAAAUUCCACAUGUCAGCACAGCAUGCUGUGACAGAAUAUCGAGUCAUUUCAUCUUCAUCUUGUGGUUACACAUGGCUAGAGUUGUCUCCACUUACUGGAAGAAAGCAUCAGCUGCGUGUUCACUGUGCCGAGGUUUUGGGGACACCAAUAGUCGGAGACUACAAGUAUGGGUGGCAAGCUCAUAAGAAAUCAAAACAUAUCUUCGUUAAUUCAGAUUGCCAACUGGAAGAGAAAAAUUCCAAGGGAAAAUCGGAUCCUUUUGGCCUCGAUUUGGAGAAUGGAAGUAUCUCUGAUAAACAUUUUCGUCUUCAUCUUCAUUGUAAGCAGAUGCUGUUGCCGAACAUUGCUCAGGUUUUGCGACGUGACAAUCCAGAUUCGGAUUUUGAUUCUAAAACUGUAGAAAGCAUCACGAUAGAUGCUGAUUUGCCUCCACACAUGCAAAGAAGUUGGGACUUGCUGAAUUGAUAUUUUCUUGAACUCUUGUAAUUCUAAUUGUAUCAGAUUCCAUUUUCCUUGCAUAUCGUAGAGUUAGUUGGCCAUUUUGUCCCCUUAGGCAGGUUACAGCUCGUAAAACAGAUUAUUUUCCCCAGGUAGCUCGAAAUAUAUGAAUCCCAUGUUCGGCAUAAUUAAUCUCUCGUUGAUAUCGUCAUGUAUGUAGGUAUUAGUCACUUGCGAGCGUAGCAUUGUAUCUACCAUUUUUCCAAUGUAAGGGCAACAUACUGUUUCAUAUUUCAACAUGGACGAUGCUA